AUGUCGAAACUCACGCAGAACGACAUCGAACUCGCCACACGAGCUGCAGAUCAUUUCACUCGUCUCUACUACUCGACAUACGACUCUGCAACUCGCAUCGAGGACAUUCCUAACUUCUACCGCUCGACCUCUGCGAUGACAUGGAAUGGGACGCCAUUCCAAGGCUCCGAAGGUGUUCGGAAGCUCAUCAUCGCUAUGCCUCCCACGAAACACGACGUACAGUCGUUCGACUGUCAUCCAAUCCCAGGAAGCCAGCCGCCAUCACUCCUCGUCACCGUUUCAGGCACAGUCGUGCACGGACGUGGCCCUGCUGGAAAUCCUGUUUCUACGCCUGCCAAAUCGAUAGACGGCCAGCCGCGCGUCUUUGCACAAACGUUCAUGCUCGUACCCGAUUCAAACGCGCCACCAACGAAGACAGGAGAGGUAGCGAAGUACUACGUGAAUGCGGAUGCGAUGAGGUUUGUCGGUUGA